AUGUACCACACGAUCGAGACGGAUUCACGUUUGAACUUUGGUCAUCUUCGUCGGAGCAUUGCGACAGCCCACAUACAGUUCUCAGAGGACCCUAUGCACGUUUUUUCAGCCACAAUGUCCGAUAGAGUUCCAGGCCAAUCCACUUACCAACGCGAAAUGCUGAAGAAAGGUCACGGACAUCCUCUUUGGAAUCCAGAACCUGAUGUUUUUGCGCCCCCCGCAUACCGCCAAACCGGUGUCAGCGUUGGAGACGUUGGAAUCCUCUGCCCGUCUGGCACAUUCCGCUACCUUUUUAAUGUCUUUCUGGAUGCCGACAACCCCUGUAAUCCCAGUGAACUGCCCGAGGGAUUUGCGCCUUUGAAGCCGUUUCCAGGCAGCCGCAUUGCAUUCGACUGUCACGAAUCAGGUUUCGUUACCAGUCCCUAUAUGAGACUAAAAUCCUCUCUUCGGUCUGGCAUUAGAAACUUGGAGUUCACGUUCUUCAAUGACUCUGAAGACGCUGUCUUGAUUCUGCCCGAAGGCUGCCAUGGCGAACGAUUCCAGAGUAUAGGGACACUUCGAAGCUACGCUGCACAGCACGGGGAGAGCUGGUAUCGCUACGCGAAUGGACCACGUGGUCUAAACGUCGAAAAUGGGCAGCUACAAAUUGUAACCCAGUGUGAUAAGACCACAUCGUGGGCUAUCUUGACCCACUUUAAAGAGGGAAAUCCGUCUUCAAACCACCGGGAUGGCCUUAGUGUCCCGCUCUCAUGGGUAGGGCAGGACAUAGACCAAAUGCAGUGUGGAGUCAAGUUCAUCCCGCAGCAAGCGUCACCUUUCCGGAAUCAAUGCGUUUUCCUUCGGUCAAGCGGCGUUUAUCUCAGUGACGUUGAGUGGGGACGUGUCCGUUCCCCGAGCUUAUUUCCGGACAUUGGAGGCCUCUUUCGGUCAAUGUUGGACGGUUGUUCGAACUCCAUCAAACGUUAUUCUGAACAUGCUCCUGAAGAAGCAUCCAGAAGCCAAGACAGCAAUAGUUCACGACAAUGACUGGUGUGCUGUGUUACGACAGGGUGACUCGAAAUUUCCCUCUGAUGAAGAGCUUUGCAGACGCAUUCUUGAAACGUUCGAAAUUAUUAUUGAUGAAAAGGGUUGCUUGUAUUUAGCACGUAAAACUUGUUCCCCCCAGUGAUUGUUAAUUUUGCAGUUCCAUCCCACAUUACGUCAUGUACCAUACUCGUUUUCUAGAAUCUAAAUAAUAAGUUGCAACUUGAUC